AUGGCCAUCGACACAUUAGCGGACCCCCUCACCGUCCUGCCUCCUGAGAUUAUUCUGCAGAUUCUGGAGUUCACCCCAGUAUCCGCCCUCGGCUCGCUGACGGCCGCAUCAAAGGCAUGGCACGAAUUCAUUGACGUUACUCACCAAGAGGUCAUCUACACCGCCGAGUCUAAGACCCCUCAGCCUCCCGGAGGUGCUCGCGACUUCUCAUUUCUUUCCGAUUCCCACAGCUUCGCCAAAUACUAUGAUGGCAUCAAAUCAUGGAAAGAUCUGUGUAAGCGUCAAACAAUGCUCGCCCACAAUUGGGCCGAGCCGCGCCCACUCAGCCAGGAAUCAGUGUUGCAAAUCGGCAAUGACCCUGUCUGGAGAUUCCGCGCCGAUUUCAAACGUCGCUUCUUCGUGUCCAGCUCUCACGCUGGUGGGUUGAAUGUCACAGAUAUGGAUACCGGCGAGAUACUAUGGCAGCUCCCCUCAGUGCUGGACACCGAUGGAGAUGGCGUUCGCCCCUACGCGCAUCUAGAGUAUCAAGAUGGCAUGGUCGUGUUUGACAGUGUGGGGGAUUCCAUUGAGGUCUGGCAGGCGGAUCAGCCGGGUACCAAGCGUGGAGAAUUCCAGCGCAUUGGCAUUCUGUAUCACGGUUGUCAGACUAGAGGAUUCCAGCUUUCCUACUGGACGCUCUGUGUCGUUUCCAAUGAAGGAAAGGGAUUCGUAUACGAUAUGACCCAGCGACCACCCCAGCUGAAGACCGAACUGCAGAUCGAAUGCGAUGGUAUCGGCCAUUUGGACCAGAGCGAGGACAUCGUGAUCUACUCAAUGGGCAAAAAGGGCUACUUCGCCUACGAUAAGGAGUCUGGUGCAUGUCUCGGCACUCUUCAGCCAUCGCAGGUGACUGAGAAAUACCAUAUUUGCCCACCUCCAGCAAAUUCAAUCUCCGCAGGCGCCGCGCUAGCGGGAGCCGCACGACUGGGCCCAACUCAUCGUUUCUCCCCCACUGGAUCUCCACGAAAGGACUGCUUGGUCCCUAUUGAAGUAGCCAAAGGACCACUUUCUCCACCAGAGGACCCAGAACAUGUUUGGCAUGGACAAGAUGACUGGGGAGCAGGAAUGUUGCAUGGCAAUCUGUUCGUUGGUUUCUCUCGUGCGGGUAGAGUCUUCAUCUGCUCUAAUUUCCGCAAAGCUCUUCAAGAUCGAGCUGGCCUCGAGGCAAACAGCUCAAUCAUAGAGUGCGAGUCAGACGGGUCAAGCUUUGACCUUGGUGGCUGGUUAUCGAUUCGCAACCACCGAGUCAUGUUCGAAAUCCAAGAUCGCAUCUAUGUCGUCGCGCUUGAUGACAAUGACCGUAUUCAAAAUGUGGACAAACCCCCGCGGGCUUCAUACUCACUUCUGACAAGCUCAGCCCCACAACUUGCUGUCCCGAUUAGCUACAUGGCGCUGAGUGACGAUGCCAUCAUGUCCACAUACACUACUCUUGGCUGGCGUGACUCCAACGCACCGGGCGGGCAACCCCCACAACAAGGCGCCAACCCUCCCCGUGUCUUCCCCACAAAAGCGAUUCGCAUUGUUAGCUUGGCUCCUGACCUAUCUAACAAGUCGGGUCCAACCUCAACUAAGCCAUCCACCGAAGAAGUCGACGUUGAAGAUGACUCUGGACGGACUAUUCCCGGAGAAGACGCUUGGCGCACCCAAGCCGGACUCCUGCAGCUGCUGAGCAUGCUCGGAGACCAAGCGGGUUUCGAAGAGACGGAUCUCGAAGAAGACGAGUGGGAGAGUGUGGAUGAAGGUGACGAGGAGGAGUCAGAAGUAAAUGGUGAUCAAGGGGCAUAG